AUCACAUCAUUCAUCUUCCGAUCUUAAAACGUUACGGUCUUCCUUCCAUGGCGAAAGUCUCUUCAUUUUCUACUUCAUCCUCACGAGUCUAUAGACCUUCCGUUGACAUGAAUCCUGAACAGUCUCCUCCUCCAAACUCUGCAGAGAGAUGGCAGCGCAGAGACAGUUCUCCGCAACUUCACAGGCGCUUCUCUUGAUCCUGGCGAGCGCGAUCCUCAACGUCUCGAAUGGCUUGCAGUACAAGGUUGGAGGCUCAAUUUGGUCCAUUCCUCCAUACCCAACUUACUAUUCCAACUGGUCCUCCUCCCACCAUUUUCUCGUCGGCGACAUCCUCGUUUUCGAGUUCGAGUCGGGCUUUUACAACGUGAUGCAAGUGUCGAGGCGCGAGUACAAGGCCUGCACGGCAGACAAUCCCUUCCGGUCCUUCCACGCAGGGCCGGCCAGAGUCCCGCUGAUCGAGAAGGGCAUGUUCUAUUUCAUCUGCAGCGUCUCGUAUUACUGCUCUCUCGGGCAAAAGGUCGAGGUCGCCGUGUAUCAUCCUGUUCCAGUUAUUGUUCGGCCGCCUCCCGUCCCAGCCACGGUCACUACCACCCCGGCGCCAUCUUGUUCGCCCAAACAAUUGCUAGGCAAGGGAAUGGGCCGGAGCCACGAGCACUUCAUACAAGCUCUGCAACAUCAACCGUUGUUGUUCCUCUGCCUUCUGGUGACUUUCCUAAUUGUAAUGGAUUUUCAUUUCAUGGGAUCUCCUGUUAUUUCGGCUUUGGCUUGAACUGCUGUGGCUACUGCACUUUGCUCAUAUUGUACAGAGAAAAUUACAC